AUGAGUACUAAUAAUGUAUUUGGUGCAAUAUGCCCUGGGAGACCAAUAAUACUAGCUCAGCAAGUAGAUCCGUCCAAAUUCGUCAUAACAAUUCCUAAUGCCUCCAAGGUUCACUACGUAACUAUCUUUAUAUUGCCCAAUUCACCAUUUGUUGACAAUAGUCUCAGUGCAUUAGUUUAUUUCCAACUCCCUACAAACCCCCAAGUGCCAACGCAGCAACCUGAAUACAAAUUGCUCGGUAGUAUCCAUCCCGGCAAACCCUCGGCAAUAUACAGAGUGAGUAGCUUAACGUCUGUAAGUGGUCAGCAGAGUAUGGAUACAGAUAUGGGCGAUGAUGGUGGUGGUGGUAGUGCAGUCAUUGAUACCAGCGAUCCUGUUUGUAUCAACAUUGGGAUAUCAAUUGAACCGGCACAACAAGCAGAACAAACAAUACAGCAAACAAAAAUCAAUAGCCAGGGAGGGGGAACCCUAGUAUCUACAAAACGGAAUGCCACUGCUGCUACCAUCAAGGAUCCUAAUAGCAUGGCGGCAUUGGCCAAUAAAGUUGUGGGACAUGCUUAUAACUAUUUAGCAAGUUUCAUUGACCCACAGGGAAAAGUCCCAAUAAAAGCAUUUGAUAACUGGUGGGACAAGUUCAAAACCAAAUUGCAAAACAAUCCAAAUUUUUUAAAUGAAAUACAAGAAUAG